AUGGGUCGCGAAUACGAGAGUGGUCCAGACAGAGAAUCCAGAAUACGGAGGCUCUUUCGGUUCCUCGAUACGAAACAUGAAGGACACCUUGAUCUCGCUGGUCUGAAACGCGGGUUGGCGAAGAUAAAUCAUCCGUUGAAUCAUGCUGGCGCAAUUUUGGAGAGUAUCGAUCAGAAUGGGGAUGGAAUCAUUACGUUUCAGGAAUUUCAUGAUUGGGUGGAUGAGAGUGAGUUGCAGUUGUGGUUUAUGUUCAAGAAGUUGGAUAAGAACGGGGCGGGGCGGUUGAGUUUGGCGGAAGUGAAGGAGGCGAUGCAUGAGGCUGGGUGUGAAUGCCAUAUGGACACGAUUAAUCAGUUGUUUGAAUUGGUGGACAAGAAGGAUGAUGGGUAUAUCGACUUCGAUGAGUGGAGAGAUUACCUUCUGUUCCUGCCCUCAACGGACGCGCCAAAACUCGAGACCGUUCUCGACUACUUCCUCUCAAUGGAGCAUUCAUCCUCAGAAGGAGAUGCUUUUCUGAGUGAGGAGACGCUGGAUGGGAUGGGAUACUUUCUUGCCGGAGGAAUCGCGGGAGCGGUAUCACGAACAUGCACAGCACCCUUCGACCGUCUAAAAGUUUACCUCAUCGCCUCGACGGGUCCACGGAAAACAGCAACCUCCGCACUGAAGAAAGCGAAACUCGGAAAAGCCAUGCGACGUGCAUUCGAACCAAUGGCACAGGCUGUGAAGGAUAUCUACAGGGUAGGUGGAGCACGGAGUUUCUUCGUCGGUAACGGGUUGAACGUUGUGAAGAUCUUCCCGGAAAGUGCGAUCAAGUUCGGGAGUUUUGAGGCAGCGAAGAGGUUCGCGGCUAGUGUGGAGGGAACGGACGUGAAUAAUAUCUCAAGUAUGGCAAGGUUCAUGAGUGGUGGAAUCGCGGGUGCGGUAUCACAGAUUUCGGUAUAUCCCAUCGACACGCUUAAGUUCCGGGUACAAUGCGAGACGACCAAAAACACAAAACCAAAAGGGAACGAGCUUCUCAUCCGUACCGCCAAGAAGAUGUGGUCUCAAAAUGGUAUUGCCGGGUUUUACCGAGGUUUACCCCUCGGUAUGGUUGGGAUCUUCCCAUACGCAUCAAUCGACCUCGGUCUGUUCGAGGGAAUGAAGAGAUAUUACAUCAAACAGACCGCAAAACGACUGGGAUGUGACGAGCACGAAGUAAAGGCCAACAACAUGAUUGUCCUUGCCAUCGGUGCAUGUUCGGGGAGUAUCGGUGCAACACUCGUAUAUCCGCUGAACCUUCUACGAACGCGAUUACAAGCACAAGGCACUGCAUCACAUCCGCAGACAUAUGACGGCCUCAUCGACGUCACUCGGAAAACGCUGCAAAAAGAAGGCUACAAAGGCCUGUAUCGAGGAUUGGCUCCCAACUUGAUGAAGGUUGCGCCGAGUGUGAGUAUCAGUUACAUGGUGUACGAGAACUCGAAGGUGGCGAUGGGGUUGAAGUGA